AGAUCAGCAGUUUCUGUAAUACUCAAACCAGCCUGCAUGGCACUGUAAGUCACUGAGAUUACAUUUUCCCUCCUGGGGAUGUUUGCGGUGAACAUUAACUGAAGCUGUAUCUGCAUGAUUUUGUGCACCGUGCCACUGCCACCUAAAUGAUUGAGUGGAUAAUUGCAAGAAUGAGCGGGUGUUCCUAAUAAAGUGGAUGGUAAGUGUAUUACUGAAAUACUGUAAAUUGCACUGAGAUGAGCGCAUGCUGUGUUGCCUGAUAUUUUACAUCGUAAUGAGGGUUAGGUGGUCUGUGGUAGGAAACGACAGCAAAUACAGAUUGCCUGUACCCUUACAAAUAAAGUGUUUCUAACAGUGCAUUAUUCUAAUUAAAAGAGCGAUGAGUUAAAUCGAAUGCAUUAUAAUUUAUUAUUGAUCAUGCGUUGAUGAUGACCGAUAUAUUGAUGACUAACAUCAUGGAUUUAACAGCAAUCAAGCCAAAUUUGAGAGGGGAAUAUUUGGGAUGCCAACCCAAACUAUUUGUCUGGUUACCCAGCUAUAAAAUGCCUGCAUUUAGGACUAAAAUAAGUCAUGUGUGUAAGUUUCAUGGAUGUAAUCACAAACUAGAGAGUACUUUAAGAGUGGUAGAAAACACUACCAAUAAAACACUGACACUGAGAUGGUUUAGCUCACUGAAUAUGUGAGAGUAGCUUGAAUAAACCAAUCCAUAUACAUUAUUAUGUUCACUGCAGACAAAACAACAUUGCUCACAAUUGGAUAGAAAACAUGAUGGUGAAAAGAUACAUUUCCGUUUUAAACUGAUUCAGAACCAUGAUUGCUUUUGCAACCUUGUGUUGAUGUAGUGAUAUAAGCGUGUGCUCCCAAGAGGGGGAGGCAUUUCACCUAAGGGUGAUGCAAAAUACCUGAUAAGCAACUAACAUGGCUGAAUGACAACAGUUAGCCAUUACAAAUCAGCAUGAGCAAACUGUUUAUAUAUACAUGUGUAUAUAUAAUAUACAUAUAACAAAGUGUAACUUUAUUUACAACACAUCCUCUACAUGAUUGGCAUUUCUUUGUAAACAUGAUAAUGAACUUGUAUUAACACUUGUGGUGAUAUGCCACAGCUUCCUGAGCCAGCCAUGAGAAUGAUUUCAAUACUUUUUUUUUUUUUUGUUAGAGGCAUGCUUAAACGUUAUCUGGAAAAAUAUAUAUAAAUUCCUCUAUGCAUGGAGACUUUUGGGACGCCCUGUAUAUUCAUCAUCUUUUUUGUUUUCCAUCCAUUGUAUCAGCAAUUUCUCCCAUACGUUAUCUUCCCUGCAUCCCUGAAUGGCUUUUUAUGUUUAGCUAAAUCCAUGCUAACCUUAACAAGCAUUCAUUUGCAUGCUCUUUUUAGCUGUGAGAGAACAGACUAGCACUCUGGGGGUCUGUUUGUUUUAUUUGCCCCCAGAACUGAAUUUGGGUAGGUUAAUUCGAAGAGUUUCAUAGUGGUGCUUCACAUUAGCACUCUUGACUAGCGACACAGACUCUGAAGAUGAGAUCCGUUGAUUUUGAACUUUAAGCAACGAGAAAAAAUGUUCAUACUUCUGUCCAUGCAUCUUUAACCAUUUGGUGUUCAUCUUCAUCUUUUCUUUUUGAUUAUUAUUAUUUUUUUUUUUAACAAGCCAUGUUGGCAAUUUACUAGUCAGACCAGAAAGGUUAAAUGAAAUAAAUAAAACAUCUAGAAAGUCUGUAUCAUUCAACCUUUCUGAUUAUAAUAUAUGGAAUAAUUUGCUGGGUCCCUUUAGACCCCUAUUUCAUUGUAGAAAUGCAUUGUCUUUGCUGUUGGUUUGUCAGUUUGGUAGCAACCACAUGUGGUUGUGCUUUGAAGAGCAGUAAUUGAUUAAUCAUUUCAAACCUCUCACAUCUGCUAUUUUAAAGCCUUGAUAACGUUACAUAUUUCCUAAUGAAAAGUGCCAGGACGGUGCCAUUUUGCAUUCAGAUGCGGAAGUAUUUCUAUUUUCUCGUUGUAAACUUUUAUUGUAAGCUGAGUCCACCUUAAUGGUUAAAAAUAGAAUCACUGUUGCAACACACUAUCAUUUUUUUUUUUUUUUUGCCUGAUUGUUAUAUAUAGUAAGGCAAGUUUGUUGGAGACAUUCUGGAAUGUUUUUUGCUUUUUUUUGUGUGUCAGCAUUGUGCACAUCUGCUUUUAGAACAUAAAAUGCAACUGUGCUGCUCUUUGCAUUAACACACCUCCAAUUCAACACAGGAAACUGAAACCAUUUCCUCCAUUUGUCAGUGGAACAUUUUAGAAGAACAAUGAACACCAAGGGCAGUGUUAUAGUCUUAUUCCUCUGUUUCCUGACUCUAUUUACCUUAACAGACUGUAGCACAUGUCAGAAAAAUAUAUUAGAAGGGGACAGUCUCACCUUUAAACUGACUGACAGGCUGCUUAAGGAUGAUGAUCGAUUCACUAUAAAAAAAGACAAUAAAGUGGUAGUCCCCAAAAGGAAUAGGAAACAAGAGGGACCAGGGAUCGUCAAAAAGGAUUCCCUGGAGUUCCAACAUGUGAAACUGAGUGAUUCUGGGACAUACGGUGUUGAGGUAUUUGAUGUGAAUGGCACCAACAUAAAAUCAUACUCAGAAAUCGUCUGUGUUUAUGCAAAAGUCCCAAAGCCAAGAGUGAAUAUUACAUGUCAGGAUGAGAAAGUUGACUUGAGAUGUGAUGUUGAAGUUGACAAAGAUCAAAGAUCAGCUAUAUCUUACAGCUGGCACAAAAAUGGGAAAGAAUUAAAUAAGAAUGUAUUUAACUUCUCAAUAAAUGCAGAGAAGGAUAACUCAAAGUAUACAUGUACUGUCCAGAAUCCAGUUCAUAAAAACACAAGUGAUACAGUAGAAGCAGCAUGUUUCAAGCGUACACUCUUUGGCUUUGACUUUUGGUUCAUGGUGGGCCUCUUAGCUGGUGGAGGAGGUCUUGUUCUGUUAUUGAUAAUUGUGCUGGUGACCCUUGCCUGUCGUUCCUGUAGACGCAAAGAUAAACAACAACGAGAUGAAGAAGAGUUCAGACUGAACUAUGUCAACGCCUCUCAGUCUUCUGGUCAACAAAAAUCAAAGCAGACAGCAAGAGGUCAGCCAGCACCUCCAGAACCCUAUGAUGAUGUUUCUGCCCAGGACGUCCCGUGUCAGACCGAACCUAAACCCAGGAGCCAGCAACGCGGUCGACCUCCUCCACCUCCAAUAGAUGACGAGGAGGAAAACCCUCCACCAUUACCCCAACCUAGGAAAAAGGCACAAGUCAAAAAGCGUGAAGCACCGUUGUGAUAGAGGAGCGAGUACACCAGUCAGGUGAAAUGAUCGAAUUAUUUUCAUAUCUGUAUGUAUGAAUAUAUAUGAAGGAAAUAAGAGUUAUAAUUAAUAUACAAACAAUAAUCAUAACAUUUCUGCACUUUUCUUGCACAUGUUUGCUUCACAUAUAUGCAUACAUACAUGUACUUUAUAUAAUAUUCAUCGUCAUUAAACAUUAUACAAUAAAGACAGUUGAGUCAGCUGUCAUAGUUAUACAGAUGAUACACAGAUUUAUAUAUGUAUAUAUUUAUAUUAGAGACAGACACAAGCAGUGCCUUACAACCUGUUUAUCUGGUAAUAUUAACUGAAUGAAAAGAAUUUUAUAAAACUAAAUGAAGAAGAAAAAAAACAAACAAACAAACAAAAAAAAAACCAACAGAAAUCCAGAAGUAGGAUAGGGAAUUUGGCUCUAGUAGGAAAAGUUGUACAUUUGGGUCUAAAUUUGAUAAAAUUGACCCCAAAAAAUAUAACAAAAUCAAAUUUAAAAAAUGUUUUAUUUUAUUUUAGAAACCACAGACUUUACCGCUCUCAGACUGCAGCAUCCAGCAACUCAUGGUGUUGUUUUUUUCACGUCUCGACUAAACCAUUGCUUUGUUUAUUGAGUGCCAAAAGCCACAACAGAGUAUCAACACACAGAAUAAGAAAGAGAGCAAGAACGAAACUUGCACCUCUUUUAGCAUCAUUGCAACGGAGAUCUAUUUCUUUUAAAAUUGAUUUUAACAUUGUCUUACUGGCUUAAAAAGCUCUCAGUAGAUUAACAUAUCCAUUCAUUUCUAGAUAACUCUGUGCCAAUUUGGAUUUUAAGGUCACAUGUUGGCUUGUUAUGUAUGCUAUGCAACAAAGAGGUGUAUAACUUACACGAUCAAUAUCCAGCAGAUGCAUAUUAUUAAUCAUUUAAAAGUCCAGCUAAUAUCAUUAGAGUUUUAAUGGCAUUGCUCAUUAUUUUCCCCUGCUAUAUUUAUAACCAUUUGUUAAUUUCUUUCUAUUAUCUGUUUUUUACAGUUUGUUAUGCUGUUUUUUUUGUUUUUUGUUUUUUUUUUAUUUAUGGAUUAUUAGUAUUAUUUUAUUUGAUAAACCCUCACAUUUUACAGAGAUCAUAUAAUUUGCCUGGAUUUACAUAUCUUACCUUUUACAACUCAACUGACCACUGAUUCAGUCAUUUAUUCCAUUAUGGACAGUAUGACUAAUACGGAAUUGACAGGUCGUACAUAAAUAUUCUUACUUGGCCUUUACAUGGCUCCCACACCACACGGUUUUAAGAGUACCAAUGAAUGGCAACUAGUCAGCUCUUAUCAUCUGCUCAUUUCCUGUGUGGAGGAGCUAUACAAAGCUGCAACAGGUCUUUUUUUUUUUUUCACAAGCAUACACCAUUUUGAAUGCAAAUACUAUUUUGAGGUUUUUUUUUAGUAACAGUAGUGAUUUGUCAGUAAAGCCAUUUUAAUUCCAAUUUGUACACAUUGUAUUUGUGCAUUCGUAGAUUUUCUACUUAUAUUGAGUCUGUUUUGUUGUAAUUUGUGCAUAUGUCGUCUAUAAUAUAUAACUUUGUUUCCCUGAAUUCAUUGUGAAUUGGUUAAAUGUGAGACUAUGAUCUACUGCGUUUGCCAUCAUGGCCCUAAAACUGGAAAUUAGACAAGGUUGUUGGAUAAGACAUUGUGAAAUCAAUAGGCUUUAUUAUAUAAAUAAAUUCAUGAAACAAGUGGGACCCA